GAACAAAGAUUAUUUUCUUCUGCACAAACGCGUAGUAAGUUUCCAAGCAGCCUCAUGUAUGUUCUUCUUUCUCAUUUCACUCGUCUUCUUCUCCUUCACCGAUCCCUCUCUAUCCAUCUUCAAGAAUUCCCUUUAUAUAUAUAUAUUCACAAAUCCCCAUGAGUUUUACAAACUUGUAUCCCACAAAAAUGGAGGAUUUGACACCUGGGUUUCGCUUCUAUCCUACAGAAGAAGAGCUUGUCUCUUUCUAUCUCCUUAACAAGCUUGAAGCCAAGAGGCCUGAUCUCGAUCUUGUCGUCGACAAAAUUAUACCUGUUCUUGAUAUAUAUGAGUUCAAUCCCUGGCAACUUCCUCAACAUGCCGGAGAUCUCUUCAGUAGAGAUCCAGAGCAGUGGUUUUUCUUCAUUCCAAGGCAAGAGAGCGAAGCUCGAGGAGGAAGACCAAAGCGGCUAACGACUGCCGGAUACUGGAAAGCUACAGGGUCGCCUGGUAAUGUUUAUUCAAAUAAUCGCAGCAUCGGCAUGAAAAGAACCAUGGUUUUCUAUACAGGACGAGCUCCUAAUGGUCGCAAAACUGAAUGGAAAAUGAACGAGUAUAAAGCCAUCGAUGCAGAAUCGUCUUCUUCCUCAUCCGCUGCUGCAUCACUAACCUUAAGGCAUGAAUUCAGCCUGUGUCGAGUGUACAAGAAAUCAAAAAGCUUGCGAGCAUUUGAUAGGCGUCCAAUGGGAGUUGAGAUCAGCGAGAUGAGAGCUCAACAACCAGCUGCUGUUCAAGUUGACGAGGCAACAACAUCUCACCAAAACCCUCCAAUGGCAAACUCACCUGAGAGUUCAUGGUCAAACGAAGACAACCCCGCAGUUCCACCACAAACCGGAGAAAGUAGCGGCAGCAUCCUUACGCCCAUCGAUGGCGACACUUCGUGGGAUUUGGAUGAAUUGAACUGGUAUUAAUUAUGGAGAACAGAAUUCAUUUAAUUAUGGCUCAAACUAGUGAGAGCGCAUACUUAGCGUACACUCGAAUUGGAUUUAAACAGAAACCUAAUUAAUUAUUUUUUAUGCAUUCUCUACUUGUAUCCUUAAGUAUGUAAUAAGUCCAUGAAUAAUAAGUAUUUUCGUGAA